AUGAAUAAGCAUCUCUGGAGCGAUCAUAAAUCUUUCCUUCAUAAAGCACACAUGGGAGAUUUAAUUGAAAUUAGUCUAACGGAAUUUAAACCAAUUAUUAUUUUUGUUUUAGCACAUUGCGUUUCAACUCGCAUUGGAAUAUCAAGCAUGGUAGCAAUAACAAAAGUAAUAAACAUUAGAUUAAUAAAUAAAUCGAUUGAAUUAAUGGGAAACAAUAAUUUAUGUGAGGAAAUAUCCAAACAUAAUCUGAAGACUUCAAUGGCUGAAUGUGAUGGGAAACUUUUCUUUUCAAUGUUUAUUGACAUUUAA